AUGGGAAUCGCCAGUCAAUUGGCGAAGAACACUAAGGUUACUAUCCUAGGUGAUUUUUUGCCUGGUGAUGCGAUGGACCAGCGAUAUGUCAGUCAGUGGGCAGGCGCUAUCUGGCUAGGCGUUCACGAUUCGACUCCGUGGGAGCAGGAGAUGCAGUUGAACUCCUUUUCCGAGCUCUGGCGAAUUGCAGAGCGGCACCCUGAAUCUGGCAUCCGCCAGAUUGAAAUGACUGAGAUCAUGGAUAACGGAGAUCCGGCAAAAGUAUGGUAUCAAGGGAAAGUUCCUGGCUUCCGCUUUCUGUCUCCUUCGGAGCUUCCGAAAGGCGCGAAAUUUGGCAUGGUGUUCCAGACUGUCGUCAUUACACCUCCUACGUUCCUUCCCUGGUUCCGGCAGCACUUGGAGAAGCAGGGCGUGAAGUUCCAGCGUACUUAUGUCAAAUCCUUGCGGGAUUUGAGAGGUAUGGGACACGAUGUUCUGAUCAACGCCACUGGAUUCGGUGCUAUGAAGCUACUUGAUGUUGAGGAGAAGCGCAUCACUCCCGUGCGGCAACAGAAUAUCAGACUCCGCAAGGAUGGUUACAACCGGUGUUAUAUCCGCCGUGGCCCAGACGGAUACUAUUCCACGGCAUUCGCACGUGGAGACGGCACGAUCUAUAUGGGCGGGAUCAAAACGCUUGGUGAAAUCGAUUUCGCUUCCUAUGAAGACCAACGCAAAAAGGUUAGUCUUGCCUCUUUCCGUGGCCUAAAGUUGAGCACUUAUCAGAUUAAAUUUCAGAUUCUGCAACGUCAGCACGAUAAUCAGCCAGAUGUAUUCCCUUCACCCAACCCCCUCGACUACGACAUUAUUACGGACCAUGUGGGUGUGUUUCCAGUUAUUGAGCGCCAAAACGGUGGUGUUCGGGUCGAGAAGCAAGUACUUCAUGGACAGAAGGUUAUACAUGCAUAUGGACAAGAAGCCGGUGGUUUUACCUUCAGCUUUGGCCUUGGCCAGCAGGUGUCGAAGUAUGUACAGGAAUAUUUGACCGAGCUGCCAAAACCUGCAGAAACGCCUAUUCCUAGUAAGCUAUGA